UUGAGUGCAUACGUUUUAGCUCAAUACUUUUAUAGUAUCUUGUUGAACUGAAACGGCCAUCAUGAAGUUUGUUCUCGUUUGUCGAAUCAUUUUACUUCCUACUGUAAUCCAUUACACAGAAUCCUUUAGCUGGACAGGACAACCAGCCAAUCCAACAUUGGUAACAAAAGGAGUGGACACGUCACUUACAUGGAAGUUCACUCUAACUGCCAAUGAACAGAUCAAGAGUCAGACAUUUUAUUUUAUUAGAUGGACAAAGUUUAAUGAGGCAAGUUCAAAUUAUGAUUUGAUCGGUGCCGUGACCUUCUUGGGAGCUACUGGGUCUCGUGGUUAUGCUGAACCCAGAGCCCCACAUAUUGAAAUUGACCUUACUGAUCAAGCCACGUUACUCAUCAAUAACGUCAGGGCAGAAGAUGAAGGAACAUACAAGAUUGAGUUCGGUGUACAAUUGAAUGGGACUCUCCUUGCUAAUCAUGAAGUGAAUGUUACAGUUUUAGAACACCCUAAGAUUGUUUAUGCGAGCAAUGACCAAGAUGUUUGCGAGGGCUCUAUGGUUACUUUGGGUUGUCAUGCAACUGGUAAACCAGAACCAAAUAUCACCUGGACAAGAGUGUGGGAAAAUGGCACCGACAGUGACGAACUGCCAUCUGUAGAUGGGAAGUAUGUCAUAAGUAGUACCAGCAGAGGUUCCAAUGGCACUUACCGGUGUAAAGCUUUCAAUGGAGUUGGGGAUCCUACUAAUCAGACAGUGGAGGUGAUAGUCAAAUAUUCUCUAUUUGUAAGGAGAGUUGUCCGGUCUUCAGACAUUGUGAUUGAAGGUCACGCAUAUAACCUGAGCUGUAAGGCAACUGGGUAUCCAAUGCCAAAUAUCACUUGGAUCACAGUUAGAAAUAAUCAGCGCAGUCACGGGAACUUACUGAACUUCACUAACAUCAACAGAAACGAUUCUGGAGAUUACAAAUGUGAAGCAAGCAAUAGAUGUGGAGUCAAAACUAGGACAGAAGCUAUCAGUGUAUUCUAUCCGCCCUCAAAUGUCAGCUUGAAGACAGACGCAACAAACAAAGUUUGCGUAGGAACUGCUGUGAGUUUUAAAUGUAGUGCGGUAGCCAAUCCACAAGUCCAUACAUAUUUGUUGUACGAAAAUAAUGUAAUUGCUUCAAAUAUGGGAGAUUUAGGAACUGUGUCGAGGAGGAUGAAAAAGGCUGGCAAGUAUACCUUCAGGUGUGAGGCUAACAACUCUAUUCAAGGACUUUCAAGAAGUAGGAUUACUAUGUUGACUGUUACUGAACCGCCAUCUGUUCAACACGAAGAAACGAAAGUUGUGAAGGAAGGUGACAGUAUCUCAGUGUACUGCAAUGUGUCUAGCGUCCCACCUACAAUUGUUUCUUGGAGAAAAUUGAAAAGUGAUGAUGGCAUGACCAAUGGACAUUCUUUGAACAUCAGUAAUAUAAGCAGGUGUCAGGGUGGAGAGUACAGAUGCACUGCAAGCAACAUUUGUGGAGCUGUAUCGACAACAGUUGAAAUUGAAGUGCAGUACGGUCCAUAUGUAGUAGGCAGUAAACGCCACAUUGUCAAAGAAGGUCAUUGUGCAACUAUUUUCUGUCCAGUACUUGGAAAACCACCACCUGACAUCACGUGGUACAAAGGAAAUGAAACAGAUGCGAUAAUGAGCCUUAAAAGCACUCUUGAAUUUCAGUUAACCUCCAUGGACGUUACUGGAUGGUAUACCUGCUUUGCAAAGAAUUCAAUGGGAAACGUUACUACGAGCGUUUUUCUGGAGAUUGAGAAAUCAGUAAAAAGUACACCCACCACGCCAGCAACAACGAGUACAGUUCCCAACAAGUGCCAGUGUUCAUGUAAUGACGCCAUUCUAAAAGCCAUAAUCGGGUCACUUGUGGUCAUAAUCAUUUUUUUAACUCUUAGCAUCGUUUGGCUAUAUAGGAAAGGCACCACGAUAAACCAACGGAAACUUGAACAUAAAAGCAGUGUCUACAUCAAUGAAAUGGUAAUGAAAGAUGUCGAGCAAAGUCUCGCUGAUUCAAGCACAUUCAAUCAGCCUGGGGCAGAAUACAUGGAUCUAAAAGAAACAAGCGCAGACAAUAUAAAAUCACAAAGUGCCGAUCAAGGUGCAGAUUACGCAACUCUUGAUCCGUCAACACGCUCCUGGGAAGUAGAAAGGGACCACGUGGCUAUAGAAAAAAUAAUAGGCAAAGGUGCUUUUGGUCAGGUUGCCAAGGGAACAGCCAUGGAACUUCGAGGGAGACCUGGGACUACUACAGUGGCUAUAAAAAUGCUCAAAGCUAAUGCUGCUGAAUCAGAUAAGAGAGAUUUGGUCAAUGAACUCGAGACAAUGAAGCAUCUGAGGCCACAUCCUCACGUUAUUAAACUUCUGGGAUGUGUUACAGUAACUGAGCCACUACUGGUGCUGAUCGAAUACGUGCCAUAUGGGGAUCUGCUGGGUUACCUUAGAAAGAGCCGUGGAUUAAAUGACACUUAUUACAAAGACCCAGAUAUCAAACCACAUACAAGUCUGACGUCACAGCAGCUGAUGAAGUUUUCCUGGCAAAUAGCUGAUGGCAUGAGUUACUUGUCCUCAAAAUCUGUAAGCUAAAUAACUUUCCGAAGUAUUGAGGUAUGCAUAACUAUUUAAAAAUGGAAAAAAAAAUAGAGGAAAAAAAUAUUUAUUUCAUGAAAAGCAGAGCCUUACUUUUAUCGCCCAUCCGAUGCGACACACGCUAAGUUUACUCGUUACUUCCUGACGCGAUAUCCCGGAAUAGUUAACAACUAUUCACAGAAGUGGAGGUGGUUAGUGGUGGAUAUUUACCGAGCCGUGAAGCGGCGAGGUAUAUAUUCAACUCUAACCACCGACACUGAGGUGAAUAGUUGUUUUAGUAUAUACUAAAAGAGUGAGA